AUGGGCGCGUUCAUUGCCAAACUGCUGCUGCCCACGGUGAGCAGCCUGGUGUUCCUGCCCACGGCCAGCGUCGCAGCCAAACGCGGCUUCCACCUGGAGGCCAUGGUCUACUUCUUCACCAUGUUCUUCACCACGAUCUUCCACGCCUGUGAUGGUCCAGGUUUGUCCGUCAUCUGCUUCAUGAGGUUCGAGGUCCUUCAGUACUUCAGCGUCUACGGCGUCGCUCUGUCCAUGUGGGUCACGCUCAUCGCUCUGGGGGAGUUCGAGGAGCCGCAGCGUUCCAGCAUCACCAUGUUUGGAGUCCUGACCAUCGCCGUGCGCGUUUACCAGGACCGGCACGGCUACGGCGUCUACUCCGGACCAAUCGGAUCGGCCGUGUUCAUCCUCACCGUCAAAUGGUUGCAGCAGAUGAGGCGGAGGCGCUCGCUGUUUCCACAGAAGAGCGUUUACACUCAGCAGGUGGGUCCAGGCUGCUGCUUCGGAGCUUUGGGCCUCAUGCUGCGCUUCUACUUCCAGGAGUGGGACUACGCCUACGUGCACAGCUUCUACCACCUCUGUUUGGCCGUUUCCUUCGUGCUGCUGUUACCGAAGAAGAAUCGUUUUGCGGUGGAGGGACAGAGCGGCGCGAGACUCUCCUGGUGCACGCUCUGCUGCUGCACUAUGUCCCCGGGUUCGACGAAAGAGAAAACCGAGAAGAUCCAAAAGAUGAAGAAGAGUCGAACGGUUUGGACGGUUCCCCUGAGGAAGAAAGACGGGGACACGCCCAUUCUGCCGCUGUUCCAGGCCCCUCCCCCUGCUCCUCCCACCACCAAGGGAACCAACAUCAGCCGCCUCAAGGAGCUCAACGGGUGGAAGUGA